UUUGACGGCCCAACUUGUUUCACUGACGAGCCUCAACAAAGCUUGAACCAGAUUUGUUGCUGAGGAUGUGACAUCAUUAUCACGCGACUAGCGACCGCAGCGGUUUACUCGACAGUUGGGAACAUUUCACCCAACAAUAAGGCUCGAAACUUACCCGUAUAGACUUUCUCUUGUCAGUCAUGGCAGCAGAGGGGGAAGUGAAGACGACUGAAGAUGCCCCAGCAUCCGGGAAGGUCUGCACCAGGUUUGACCUGGAGAAAGAGACUGAACUUCGGUUUGAGGUGGAGGCAGGGGAGACGGCGGAGGCAGCAGAGCAAGUUGAGCUUGAGCUCCUCACAGGAAUGGCUGAGGUGUUUGGUUCUGAGCUGAAUCGCAACAAGAAGUACGUAUUUGGACCAGGCUCCAAGAUCGCAGUGUUCACCUGGCAAGGCUGCAGUGUGAAUCUUUUUGGGAAACCAGAGGUGGCUUAUGUGUCCAAGGACACUCCCAUGUUGCUCUACCUGAACACACACGCUGCCCUGGAACAGAUGAGAAAACAAGCAGAGCGAGACAAUGAGAGGGGGCCGAGGGUGAUGGUGGUGGGACCUACAGAUGUUGGGAAGUCAACAGUGUGCCGGCUGCUAUUGAGCUACGCUGUGAGGGUGGGCCGCCGGCCAACACUGGUCGAACUGGAUGUCGGACAGAGUGGGGUGUCUGUACCUGGGACAGUGUCAGCUCUGUGCAUUGAGCGUCCAGCAGAUGUGGAGGAGGGUUUCUCAGUCCAGGCUCCUUUGGUUUACCACUUUGGGUCUACUACCCCAGGCACCAACAUCAAACUUUACAACAAGCUGACGUCACGCCUGGCUGAGGUGUUUUCCCAGCGCUGUGAGGUGAACAGGAAGGCCAGUGUGGGAGGUUGCAUCAUCAACACCUGCGGCUGGGUGAAAGGCUCUGGAUACCAGGCUCUGGUCCACUGUGCCUCAGCCUUUGAGGUUGAUGUGGUGCUGGUGCUGGACCAUGAGAGGCUCUACAAUGAACUCAAACGAGACCUCCCUCACUUUGUCCGGGUGGUGCUCCUACCCAAGUCAGGAGGAGUGGUGGAGCGCUCCAAGGAUUGCCGUCGGGAUGCUCGGGAUGAGAAGAUCCGUGAAUACUUCUACGGCUUCCGUGGAGUGUCCUUCUACCCGUUUUCCUUUGAAGUACGUUUCUCGGACGUCCGCAUCUACAAGAUCGGGGCGCCAUCCAUUCCGGACUCGUGUUUGCCACUGGGAAUGUCUCAGGAUGACACACAGCUAAAGCUGGUACCUGUUACACCAGGAAGAGACCUUACGUACCAUGUGCUGAGCGUGAGCAGUGCAGAGGAUGGAGAGGACGGUUCUCGAAAGAGUCUUGUGGAGAGCCCUGUCUGUGGCUUCAUUGUGGUGACUAAUGUGGACACACAGACACAGGUGAUGAAAGUGUUGUCCCCGGCGCCCAGACCACUGCCCAGACACACACUGCUUAUCAUGGACAUCCGCUUUAUGGACAUGAAAUGAUAAGGCUCAGUUGCAAAAAAAGUGGGGAUCAUGUUAGGGAGGAGUUCUAUUGGGAAGAAUUUGUGCCAAAGGAGCGGGAUUUUGUUUCAAAGUCAUCUAAUUUGUUCUUUGUAAGGACUAAAGAGGGCAGAAAAGAAAAAGAGUAGUACAGAAAUUGGUUGCUGCUGUAAAUUAUACCCCAUUUUAUAGACCACACUGUACAGAUGUUUGGGUAAUUUGUUUUAUCUGUGUAGGAAUUAUUUUUGUGAUAAUCUGUUUUAUAAACACUUUUUUCUCUUUGAGUAAUAAAGUUUUAAAGGUAAAU